CUGGUUUCGGUGCCGCCUAUGCGGUCUUGUCAACCCGGAAGUGCCCGGGUAAAAUGGCGGGGGUGUAAUGUCAUGAGAAAGUCCUCCAGGCUUAUUUUCGGUGGAGGGGGCGGUACCUCUGCGUAAUUUCUACACGCCACAACAAGAGAAGAUAUAGCUGUAGAAACUUAAGUUUCCGUAGAGGCUAAGACAACAUCCGUAAGAGUGCAAACUGCGUCUGUUUGCGCUGAAGUGUGGUACCGUGUCAGUCUCAGAUCAUCUGGACUUCAAAUCUACUUCGUCUAGACCGGGAACGCUGCCAAUUGGACACAUCUGUUUUGAUAUCUGUGGACAAAAGAAACCUGACCACCCGUAACUAUGGAGGACGUCCACAGGAGUCUCCACCGGCAGCUUUUCGAGACACUCAACAAGGAGAUGUCAGAUGAAGACUUCCGACAAUUCCGUUCUAUUGCACAGGGGAAGGGUCUGCGCCCGGGGGAGGCCUCCAAAUGUCUCACUCCAUCUGAUGUACUGGACAAACUACAGAGGAAGGGCAAGAUCAAGCUAGGAUGCUAUCGGGUCCUAAAGGACAUCUUUGGAGAAAUGGAGCAGCCAGAGUUGAUCAAAGAUGUGGAAGAAACAGAGGACAAGCUUGAACAAGCAGGCUGUGAUAUCAGCGACGAGAUUCCGCAGCUCUAUGACCCCCUCCGCCCGCCUCUCAAGCGGCAGGCGAGCCAACCUGGGGAGUCAGCCGCGGAUAAACGACGGAGGUCAUGGGGUCAGAGGUCGUCAUCUUCGCUGGACAGCAACCCCAGCUUGGAGGGACAGAUGAGCCCUCCUGGGGAGUGGUCGGCUGAAAGACGCCAGACCUCGUUGACCAACCAGAUGUCAUUUGACAGUUCCAUGUCACCCAGGCAACAGCUGAGGAGGCAGUCCAGCAGCAAGUCACUGCCAAGGUCUCCCCAGUCCAGCUUUGAUGACAAUGACAUCAUGACAAAAGAUCCUGUGGUGGUUGCAGGGAGAGAGGACUGUUACAAACCAGGCAAAGGAUACGUUCUCAUCAUCAACAACUUCUCACAAGAACGGGAAGCUUCCAUCAAGGAUGUUGAAGGUCUGGAAGACUUUUUCCUUAAGAUAAACUACAAAGUCACCACAGAGGAGGACCUGACUAAGGACCAGAUGAUGGACACACUGGAAUUGACAAAGCGGGAACUCCAGAAGACACCUAAAGGCAAAAACAAGUACUCCUGCUUCAUCUGUAUUGUGUCCAGCCAUGGAGACAAGGAAGGAGUGAAGUCCCAGGACAACCAGACGGUCUCCAUUGCAGAGCUGCAGGCACCUUUCCUGGGGGACAGUCUGAAGUGCAUGGCAGGGAGUCCAAAGAUGUUUAUUAUCCAGGCGUGCCGUGGUGAGAAGAAACAGCCGGGCGUGGACCGUGCUGAUGAGGAACCGGGGGACGAGGGACAGCUGGACAUGUCUGACAUCAUGCGAUCCGUCACCACGCCUAGAGAUGCUGACAUCCUGGUGGCAUAUGCCACGACGGAAGGUUUCAAGGCUUGGAGGCGUGUGGGGGAAGGUUCUUGGUUCCUGUCUGAGAUGCUGGACGUCUUCAAGACUAAACUCCAGUCCGACCACCUGCUGGACAUGCUGACCGAGGUCAACGACCGGGUGACACACCGCACCGUCGUCGGCUCCCAACCCGCCAAACAGAUGCCCUGCCAGGUCUCAACAUUCACCAAGAAGUUCUUCUUCUCUUGUUAGUUAAUUUACAAACAGUAAUACUAAGUGGUGAUAGACAAUAUUUUGAGCCAGUAUUUUUACUACAGCAUGUCUCAACAUUCGUGGUACAUACAUGUACUAGGCUAACCAGUAGACUGAAGUGUGGUGUUCUGCAACAUUCCCUCCAUGGUCACUACUUUAACUGUGUUGUCUGAAUGUUUAUCUUGGCUUUACCAGUAUUUUCUGUCUCAGGUUUCCAGAUUAAGUCAUUCUGACUACCAUCCUUUUAAAUGAUUUAACAAUAGGAAGUAUUUUGAAGCUCUUAAUGUACUUAUUAUCUUGCUUUUAAAUGUGAAUGAGUAAGAGUUCUCACCGAAAAGUAAUUUGAUGCCAAAGAAUAUAUUACAAAAUUUAUUCAAUCAUUGUCCUCAUCUAAGAUAUUGGCUACAUGAAGCUUUUUUUCCAUGAAGACUUUUUCUGCUCAAUGAAUCAAUUUAAUCACAUACCAAAAUCAUUCCAAUACUCUAUAAAGAGAAAAUGAAUUUUUAGAAUAUAUGCUUAUGUGGAAUAUUGUUAUACAAAUUGUUGUUAUAUACAGUGUAUCUACAAAAAAAUUGAACAGCAUUUUCCAGACUGGCUCAAAUGAGCAAAAAUAGCAGGGCACAUGUACUCUUGUGCUACCUUUACAUGUAUUUGAUCUUACACAUACCUCUUUUCUCUUUUCUACAGUUGUAGCUGUAAGUUUGUUGUGUUAGUAUAGCUAUUUUUGUGUGCCAUUUUGUAUGGACAUUCCCUUCAAAAUCUAUAUCCAGAAGAGACCUCUUGUUGCAGAUUUUAGAACUCUUUGAAGCAUUCCAAUCUUUUGAUCAAAGAAGGAAACCAGAAUUUGUAUUUGUGUGACUACUGACAUAUUUAACUAUAUAUCAAUAGGGUACUGUAACAUUUAUGCAUGAAUUUAGCUAGAGAGGUGUGCCAUACUUUUUUCACUUUUUUAUGUAAACCAAGAUUUCAACUCAUUGUAUUUGUGAAGCUAUAAUUGAUGUCUUUGAUUGUAUAAUGAUUUUAUGCAUAGUUUUUUUAAUGAUAAUUUCAAAUCAUCCUGGUUGUGCAUAUGAAUUAUGACCCACCAAUCUAGAUAUUUUUUAUUUUAUUUACUUAAAUCAAUUUCUCCACAAAACAAUGCUCCGAGAGCCACUCAAAUGAGUUGGGUUACUGUACUGCAUGGUGACGUCAGAUGUUUGUUCACCUUUGAAUUGCAAAGUUUAAAGUUGUACCUAUCGGGUGAGCAAUCAUGAGGAAGCUUGUUCCAUAACAAUGCAGUUCUAGGAAAGAAGCUUUCAUGUUAAACUUCCUCCUGAAACGCUGAUAGGUGGAGUGUUGAGGAAGAAAUGAUUAUUUGCUUCCGUGGAUGUUGAAAACCAUUCUGAAAAAUUCAUAGUGGAAGCAAAAAGUGUCGGAAGCAGUAAAAAGAUCUCCCACAGCAGUAUUUCGUCAUAUUUCGGAUUCCUAUCAACUGAAUUCCUUGAAACAUUACCUUUAGUUAGCUAGGUAUAAAUGCAGAUCUAUCCAAAAAUCCAAUCUCAAUCUGUUAUUGUCUUUCAAAGUUAUGACAGCAUUAGCAAGACAAACUGUUGAACAAAUACUUCCAAUAGCAGAUGGGACAAAAUAUAGGGAAGACAUCGACAAGACUUUGCUACUGUUAAGGGUGUAGAAUAUUAAUAUCCUGUAUUGUGUUGUUUUCUUCAUGCAUGUAUAGAGAUUGUCACUGCCUGUUUUUCUUUGAUAUCUAUAUCUGUUGUGCGCUUGUGUGUCACCAGUUGUCAAAGACAAUGUCAGUCAAAAAGUCAACAUUUACGUCAUGCAUGUCGGAAUCAUUAAAUGAU